AUCCAAAUUACCGCGUGACUCAUUUCAAUUUCUGAGUAUCUAAACCCUACUUCCAUGGCGCUUCUUCAUUCAUAACUCAAUUCAACCCAUACAAGGAGCCAAUAACCUAAUUCCGCCUGAAAAUGCUAUCCUGGCGUCAACUACUAGUCCAAACCCUAGUCCGGGUUAACACGACGCCAUUGACGACCCGAACCCGAUCAUACAGUGCGAACAGGGGGAAGAAGGUGACUCUGUACUCCAGGAUCAGCCCACUGGGAAGCCCGACCGCCUCCAUAGUCCCCGAGCUCGAUGAAUGGGUACGGCAAGGCAAUAAGGUCCGAUUUGCAGAGCUUCAGCGCAUUGCUAUCGAUCUCCGCAAGCGCAGGCGCUUCUCUCAAGCUCUUGAGGUAUUCGACUGGAUGAAAAAAAAUGAAGCAGUUAGAUUCUCUGCAACUGAGCAUGCAAUGCGUUUGGAUCUUAUCGGUAAGGUUCAUGGGAUUGUCUCAGCCGAAGAGUAUUUCAAUAGCUUGAGCGAAGAAGACAAGAAUGAAAAGACUUACGGUGCUUUGUUGCAUUGCUAUUCCCGCCAGCUCCAAGUUGACAAGGCAUUACUCCAUUUGCAGGAAAUGAAGGAUAAAGGUCUUACUUUAUCACCAGUUGCUUUCAAUGACAUCAUGAGCCUUUACACGAGAAGCGGGCAGCAUGAAAAAGUUCCUGAAGUGCUUGACCGUAUGAAGAAACACGGGGUAAACCCUGACAAUCUGAGUUACAGAACCUGUAUCAAUUCUUAUGGAGAAAGGGCAGAUAUUGAUGGAAUGGAAAAAGUUUUGAACGAAAUGGAAAAUCAAGCUUAUCUUAACAUGGACUGGAACACAUAUGCUGCUGUAGCAAAUAUCUAUAUGAAGUCAGGCCUGCCACUGAAAGCAAACAUCAUGCUUGCAAAAGCAGAGGAGAAGAUGGAUAUUAAAAACGAAGACAUCUACAGUUUUCUCAUCUCAUUACACACUAAGCUGGGAAACAAAGCACAUGUCUUUAGAUUGUGGGAGACAGGAAAGAGUAAUUGUAAGAAAAUCAUUAAUCAACAUUAUUUAACUAUGCUGAAAUCUCUGGUAAAACUAGAUGAACUUGAAGAAGCACACAAGCUUCUAACGGAGUGGGAGAAGUCUGGAAACUGUAAUGAUCUUCGAGUUCCAUGCACAGUUAUUAUUGGAUAUAUUGACAAGGGUUUAUAUUCAAAUGCUGAAAGUAUGCUUAAAGAUUUAAAAGAUAGAGGAAAAAUAGCGUCUCCGAGAAUAUGGGGCAGAGUUGUGGAAGGCUACCUGGAUAAAGGCGAGUUAGAGAGAGCCAUAGCGUGUAUGAGUGUUGCCUUUCCUUUGAGAAACAGUAAAGGAUGGAAGCCUACUACUAAGGUUAUUAUGGGAAUAUUAAGUUCUCUGGGUGAGAGGUAUAGCUCAAAAGAAGCAGAAACAUUUUUAACUUUGUUGAAAAAAUAUGUACCAUUGAACAGACCGAUGUACCAUAUGCUGCUCAAGUCCUAUGUGGAUAGCGGAAAAGAUGUGGAGGAGCUUUUGAACUCCAUGAAAGAUGACAACAUUGACGAAGAUGAUGAAACAAAGAUGAUCCUCAAUAUGAACCAGUCUGGAAUUUGAACAAGGAAUUUCCAGACCAGCCUUCAAUUUCUGCAGCUGGAAAUCGUCCUCUCCAUGGCUUCCCAAAGACCAGAGGAAGAAUGCCCUAUCACUCCAAUUAUGAUGCUAAUGUAAAUGCCAGUGAAGAACAGAAGAUUGGAAUGAACCACGAGAAGGUAGACAAGAAGGGAAACUGAGUGAACCCGCGGCACCUUAGACAUUUCUGCUUAGCGACUCAACCAACAUAUAUAGUUGAAGCAAUGCCAUCAAUUUUCCUACAAUUCUACAUCUGUUGCAUUAUAAUAACGGAUACGAUGAAAUGUCGCGUUGUAAAAAUUGAUCGUAUCCAAAUGUAACACCGGGAUCCUAAUAAAUUUUGAAUAACGUU